AUGGCUCAGGGAAUAGGCAGAUGGUACGGGGCAAAAGCUUAUCCACUAUUACUCUCCAGUCUAGAGGCAGAAGCUACAGCUCUUAUUUGGGCAAUGAUGACAUUUAACACUCUUGGAUUUAAGGAGGUCACCUUUGAAAGUGACUCCAAGUUGUUGGUUCGAGCGAUCAGGGAUCCAAAAUCAUGUCCAAGGCCGAUGAGUUUCACGGAGAAGAUCAAUGGACAAUGGGGAUCACUCAAACCUCAUUGCAAUGAUGUCAACAGAGAAGCAAGUGGUGUCGCAGACACUAUAGCCAAAAGAGCUUCUUCUCUUCCAAUUUGCUAUGCUUCACUAGAACGUAGUAUCCCGAACAGGCUUAGUCCAAUAGUUGAAAGGGAGAAACUCAAUGUCAUAUCAAUCAAUCAAUCAAGGUACCAAUAG